UAGCAGAGGUGGUCCACCAAUUUAAUUCUCUCUCGCAUUUGUGUUUCUGUCCUCAUCGCGACAAGUAGACUCGUUGUCUCGAUUCUACGCUAUACAGCUCUUAUUCGAAAUUAAUUAUUGUUUCACUAAAGUGUUUGUGUAGAUGUUGAGUUAUUUUUUUGUAAAAUAUAUCAGCUUUCAAUACGUUUAAAUAUUUGAAGGUAGAAUAACACAGUCGAAUAUACGGUUGUUUGUAUAUUUCUACCGUUGUUCAGUUUGAAAGCAAAAACGUUGACGCCAAAUUUUGUCAACAAUACUGAUUCAAACAUCUAUUUCAAUUAUCAGCAUAAUUCGUGUCUUACAAUUGUAAAAUCUUCAAAGUACAUUUAUAUCGAUCAACAGAUUAUAAAAUUUGUUUAGCUUUAGUUAGUCAAAAUAAGAACUACGUCAGCGUUAUCACGAGUCCUUUUUAAAUAAUAGCAAUAUGCAUAACGCAGCUAAUACUAACAUAUCAACUUCUAAUACCUGGAAAGAUGAUUUUACAUUUAAUAAAGUAAAUUUUACAGCGCUAACUAAUUGUGAAACUCUUUACAACGAAUAUAUCGAUGAUGUUAAAAGUGAGACGACUCUUUCCUAUACCAAUCUGACGGGUUAUGAUAAAGCAAUUUCUUUCUUGACGGCUACUUCCGUUUCCAACAAACAUAAUUUCGGGGUAGAAACCUUAAACGAUAUGGUGGAUGUAUACGGCAGAAGCACUGACGCUGGCCUAAAUUAUUUUACAAUUAAUGAUGAAGCUACACUGCUUUAUGGCAAUGAUACAUUAAACUUGAUGGAGCAAACUCUAAGUAGCGUCGAUACUCAAAAUAGUGACGGAUGGAUUAACAUUCAUACGAACCCGGAUAAUAACCAUUUACACUACAUGACGGAUUCUAUUAAUUAUGUCUUAAUGGCUUUGCCCAGCUCUAAAGAGAAUUUUAUAGCAAAUAAAGAUAAUUUUACUGUGCAAAAUGACAGUGAGAUUCGAGACAACGCGGGCUCUACUAUAACCCAAGCGAAUUUUCUCCCUACCAUUGUAACGUAUCCUAUCAUUGCACCGACUAUUUUAUCGACAGAUCAAUCUGAUUCAAACGAAGAAAAUCAUUGUACUGGUGUAGCGCAAACUCGAAGUAACGCUAACAUUAAUGAACUUAUCAGCAUGUACUGUAACAAUUGCGACUUGAACUAUCCUUGGAAUAUCAGCUAUCGGAAGAAUUCGAAUUGUCCGAUUUGCGAAACGAAGCGAAUACUUCGAUGCGCCAAAUGUAAAAGACAGUACGGGCGUUACCAAAAUUUGAAGAAUCACUUGAUACAAAAAUGCCUUCCCAAGAUGUUGCACGAAUGUUCGCAGUCUGCCUACACGGAGAGUUCACUUAGCCUUAUAGUGCGCGAAAAAAAAACGAGUUUGCCAAAACGCCGUUGUCAGAAUUCCAAGAGUCAGCUUAUACUUCAGUGUUCAGCUUGCUAUCAAGUAUUUAAACAUAAAUACAGUCUAAAAAAUCAUGUAGAGCACUCUUGCCCAAAACGGCUAUGCAAGCAAUUCUUGUGUCCAGAUUGUGGAAUCGUAUUUAAAAGUAAAAAAUAUUUGACGAAACAUAAAAAGAUUAGCUGCAAGAGAAAGUUGAUCCAAGUAAGACGUGAUCAUAUAUAUUGCAAAUUAUGGUAAUACUCUGAGUGAUAAGGGCUGCCAUAGAUUAUUGCCUUCAACUGAUCAAGUUCAUCCGAGAUCUGAAUCUAUAUUUAUUUAAGUGAAAGCUUCGAUCGAUAUCUUAUUGUUGUAUAUAGACCUGUCUUUGUAAACUAAUAUUACGUGAUUGCUAUUCUGUAUACACAAUAUUUUUAAACGAAUGACGCAAAGGAAGAAAAAAUAAAAUUAUAAAAUAAGUGCUAAGCAAUUUACUCAACAUUUGUGAUAAUUAUAGUUUUUUUCCUCUUUUUAAAAUGUACACGAACUGCUAUAUGAACAAUUAAGACGAUUGCUAAUAAAGUUAAAGUAUUAUAAUAAAA